AUGUCUGUUAAGAACGCUAGCAUUCCAGUAUACACGUUUAAUCCGUCUCAAGGCUACACCGGACAUGCAGAUCAUACCCUUGCGCCGGACCAGAUUCACCAGGGUGGAACUGACCAGGAUAUCCAGGGGCCUGGUUGUUACCAACAACACAUAGCCCCGCCUCCGUCUCAAGGUUACAUCAGACAUGCAGACCAUACCGUUGCGCCGGACCAGAUUCACCAGGGUGGAACUGACCAGGAUACCCAGGGGCCUGAUAAUUACCAACAACACAUAGCCCUGCCCCCACCCCAACCCGCCUUCCCGAAAUACAAUGAUGUUUACAUUAGUCAACAACCAGCAAACCAACCACCUACAUCCCAGAGAAAAGCCAUUCAACAGCACUCAAACACAAACGCUAACAAUAUUCCUAGCCAGUCGGUUUCCUUUGGCAACACUUCUAUUAGACCACUGCCUUCUGCAUCACAACAACAAAGGUCCUACCAAAGACCGCGCCCACAGCAAGGCAAUAAAGACACCGAGUUGUCUAGACCCGACAUAGCCACAGUAACCAUCUCCGUGACAAAGGGACGGCGUCCCAGCCGGAAAGAACAAACUACAAAGGAAGGAACUGAAAUGGAGGUCGCAGAUGGGAACCUGGCACUUGAAUUGCCUGCGGCUGGUUCAACAAUCGAAAAGCUUCCUGACGGAGGUUUUGCUGCCUGGCGGGUAGUUGCUGCGUGUGCAACUUUAAACGCAUGUAGUUCGACGUGUCUGUUGAUGCUGAGCGUAGAUAAAAAGGGUCUGGAAGUCGACAUCGGGGAGGACGAGACAGACAGUAUCACUACGGCAUGCACGGAAAUCCGACUUCUAGCAGCGCCCCUUGUGGCCAUUGCUAUAGUGUUGCUUGGUUACCGGAAGGUAGCCAUCAUUGGUUCUAUCAUGGUGAGUGUGGGGUUCUUCAUUUCCGGUUUUCUGAACGCCGAUUUGUCUGGACUAAUGGGUGUUCUUCUAGGAGGGAUCGCAGGACUCGGCCUGGCUUGCUGGUAUCUUUGCGCCAUCAUUCCGAUAUUGGAAUACUUUGAGAAGCGACGUCUCAUUGCUCUCAUGUUGACGAAUCUGGGUUCUAUUGUCGUCAUUAUCAUCAUUAUCGUCUUGCUGAUAACGGGACAGUCGCUGAACUGGGAGGUCACUUUCAAGUGUAUGGUUAUACCGGGAGUUUUAGGUCUGAUUGCGUCCUUCUUCCUCCAACCGCUGGAACUGAAGAUGAAAGACACAUCCGGACGUACAUUCGUGCAAACGAUUCUAGGAGUCUUGGACAUAAAGUUGUUUAAAGAUUUCAUGCUCUAUUUAGUCAUGUUGCUGUACUUCUUUGACCAGUUUGGUCGAGGUAUACCAUUAUCGUAUAUAACGCCAAUGAUGUCGGACAAGUCGUUCUCGCUAAUAGCGCAAUUGAUCCAGCUCCUUCUGAUACCAGUCGGAUCGCUGAUAGGGUAUGUUGCUGUGAUCUUCUGGAAGUCUAAGUGGCUGAUCGCCACCCUGCUCCUGUGGGGACCAAUGGAUCUGUUUGUUGGUUUCCUGACACUACAGAUGCCCGCCUUUGACAAGUUCGGAUGGGUCGCCGCCUAUUCCGUUAUUUUCGGAUUUACUCAAGCUGUCGUCUCCUCACUCCUAAACAACGCGGUACCGGAUGUGUUCGGAGUCCACAACAUCCGAAUAGUAGAGGGUUUGUUGGGGUUUUCAGCAGGAUUAGGUGAGAUUGUUGCCUCCCCAGCCGCAGAGGACGCAAUCAGCCGGAACGAUGGUGACGAAUACUCAGCUGCCUUUUAUCUCGCUGCUAGCAUGUUACUCGCAGCUGGGGUGAUUGCAUUAGUGGCGAGAUAUAUAAUCGUCAGGAAAACUAAAAACAACGCUUCAGUAUCAAACACAGGCGACAAUGAUGGGAAAGAGGCUGACGACGAUGAGACAGACGGCGAUUACAGGGGCGACAAGACACGGCGUGAAACAAAAAACCGGAAACAGCACAAGGCAGAUAAUUCUAAUGGACAUGAUUCAGAUGUUGUUGUGGAAGAUGUUGAUAUCUCUGACACCGAAUAUAUGUAAUUAGUUAAUUCAUUAAUUCAAGUAUCUGGGUAAUUAAAAAUAGUUUGUGCUGACCUGGAGAUCUCUUGGAUACGUAUAUUCCACAUUAAAUGACAAAACAUAACGCCAAUUAGUGUAUUUGUUGAUACAUAUAUCCGGGCUAACAAUAUUGUUCAUGUGAGAUAAAAUUAAUGAGCAUAAUACUCAUUACUAUCUUCUUG